AUGCAGAGGAAGCGGAAGGAUCGCGGCGCGCAGUUUAUCCGCGGCAACUUGGAGCUGCUGGGCUUCGGGACACGGAGAGACGCGCUGGUGCAGGCGGUGAAGGAGCUGUUUGAGAAUGCGCUGGAUGCGACGCAGUCGUUGGGCUCGGACUGUUCGUGGGACGACGCGCCCCUCGAGUUGCUCCGCGUCAAUGUGAAGCUGAACGAAGAUACGGGCUGCAUCGACAUCGUUCAGCUCAGUGUACCUGACGCGUGCUUGAAGAUCACCACGACCUCAAGUUCAGAUGGGAUUCUGUAUGUACAGCUCCGCAUCGAUCCCGACUCGGAGGAGACGGCCGUAGUCAAGAAAGUGGCGCAUUUUGUGGUGGACGAAGAGCACCAGCACUUCUCCGGGACGGAGAUGAGACUAUCGAUUCCAUGUCCUGGGGAUACGCAUAAUAUCGAAAGCGCUGCAGACUCAUUGGCUCUGUACUUCCAGAGUCUGAGAUACACAGCUCCUCCGUUUGUUGGUGUGCAGUUUGACUUCGACGUUGGUGAGGUCAGCAUCAGCGUCGUAUGCCAACAUGGAGAAGAAUCGAUCGAUCGGUUCGCCACAGAGUUGGGGGAAAGUGUUGACGACAUAUUGUACGCUGUUCACGACGAAGAACUUGUUUCCACAAGCUGCGUUGCGCUGAUGCUUGGAGAAAUGGAUCCAAGGGGCCAAAGCAACAUCGAAAUAUGCCUUCUGCGCUACGCUAACCACGCACCACUGAUCAACGGAGAGGACUUUUUCAUCUGUGGCAUCAGCAAGGGCGUGAAGUCGUGCAAACUCUGGAAGAAGUACGGCCUCCGGUGCCAGCGUUCAAGCUCGCACCUUGUCAACCAGCUCGUUGCUACACCAUUGCGUGCUUCGGCGACGCAAUUAACCGGCAAGGCCGAUGCUCGGACUCGGCUCGUUCUAGCAAUCGACAUCAGUGUCGCUGGCUCUGAACAUUCUAGCGGACUGAAGUACGAACGACCAGAGGUCAAUAGCAAGCAGAGCAACAUGUCGGCUAUCGGAGCGCUGCGCGAGCUGGAGAAGGACAAGAAGGGACCCAACAACGCUGGUCUCAAGGAGCUGUUCCUGAACCUGCCGACCCGUAUUCGCCAAUCUGGCCCCGUCAAGGGCGGCAUUAACUUUGCUGUGAAGAGCUGGAAGACCUCGGGCCGGUGGCUCUGGGUGCUGUCGACGACGCUCCUGGUGACCCUUGUGCCGCUCAGUAUCGAGAUGCUGCGUGAGGAGCAGACCAACGAGGUGGUGAAGGACCUGGUGAGCAAGGGCUUCAGCUACAACCAGAUCCAGGGCAUGGGCUACAUGGUGGCGCAGCCGCAGAGCACGCUCUCCACGCCUGCCGAGGGCGCCGCUCAGUAAUUCGACAGCUAGUGCUUAUCUUGGACGGAGCUGUGCGCAGCCGUAAAGACGAAGCUUUCACAGCGGCUGCUCAAGCGUCGUUAGCUGUACAUUUCGUAGCGAUAUGCAGACUUCGAAGGACUCGCUGCUUCAGAGGCUGCUAUGCAUCUGGUAACAAGCGUCGCGGUUGGUGUUGGGGCUGAUUGAACGGAACAUAGAUCGCGUACAUUCGUCGUCGCCGACAUAGGCUCCCGACCAAUUCUACUAAUUGA